AUGCUUCUUCUGGCAGAUGAAAGCUUCUCCCGCCGUCACCAGCCUCCAGUGCUCCGUUGUUUAUGGCCGAUGUUCAUUGUGUUGGGUACAUGUGUGGCGCUGGAAACAUUUGGGGAGGUGCAAUCAGAGGCACGGCUGCCAGCUCGGAGGAGCGGGCUUGGCUGGGGGUGGGGGCUUCAAGAGACUGUGAAGAGAAAGUUGGAAGGAGCCCGGUCCCCCCUUAAUGGCGAACAGCAGAAUGGCGCCUGUGAUGGGAACUUCUCCCCAACGAGCAAGCGAAUCCGAAAGGACAUUCCUGCAGCAAUGGACACCAUUAGCAAUCUGCCCAACAAUAUGCCUUUGCCUUCUGUUUCUCCUCUUCACCAGCUGGACAUGAAGCCUUCUUUACCCUUGCCGAACAGUGGAGCUCAUGCUCCGGGGAUCAUAGAAGAGCUGGGUAAGAAUGGCAGGCUGCCGGAGAUUAAACUUUCCAUGAAUGGUUGCAGUGACCUUGAGGAUAGCUUUGCCAUCCUGCAAAACAAGGAACUCAAACAAGAACCACUGGAUGACCCCACUUGCAUUGACACUUCGGAAACAUCGCUUUCCAAUCAGAACAAGUUGUUCUCAGACAUUAACCUCAAUGAUCAAGAGUGGCAGGAGUUAAUAGAUGAGCUGGCGAACACUGUCCCUGAAGACGACAUACAGGACUUAUUCAAUGAAGAUUUUGAAGAGAAGAAGGAGCCGGAAUUCUCUCGGCCAACCACCGAGACGCCUCUUUCUCAGGAGAGUGCGAGCGUAAAGAGUGAUCCUUCUCACUCUCCAUUUGCUCACGUCCCCAUGGGAUCUCCCCAAGGGAGACCGUCUUCUUCCGGCCCUCCAUUUUCUAAUGUUUCCACAGCUAGUAGCAUACCUUCUGUUUCUAGUACUCCGGUGGCACCAAAUCCUGCCAGCUCGCCAGCAAACUGUGCUGUCCAGUCCCCCCAAACUCCUAACCAAGCCCAUACCCCGGGCCAAGCUUCAUCCAGGCCAGGAAAUGGUUAUCUCAUGACUCCAGCGGCAGGAACUGUGAGUGGUUCGGGACCUGGUCCGGUGGCGGUUUCCAGUGCGGAUUUGUCUCCUGCAGAGCAGCUCAAACAAAUGGCUGCCCAGCAGCAGCAGAGAGCUAAGCUUAUCCAACAGAAACAACAGCCACAGCAACAGCAUCCAAACCAGACUUCCAGUUGGUCACCAGUGGGGCCCCCGUCCAGUCCCUAUGGAGGAGCCUUCAGUGCAGACAAACCAAAUAGCCCCAUGAUGUACCCCCAAGCCUUUAACAACCAAAACCCUAUAGUGCCUGCCAUGGCAAACAACCUGCAGAAGACGACAAUGAAUAACUACCUCCCCCAGAACCACAUGAAUAUGAUCAAUCAGCAGCCAAAUAACUUGGGUACAAACUCUUUAAGCAAGCAGCCCAAUAUACUGACUUACGGAAACACUAAGCCUUUGACCCAUUUCAACGCAGAACUGAGUCAGAGGAUGACGCCACCUAUGGCCAAUCCCAACAAAAACCCGAUGAUGCCGUACAUGCAGCAGCAGCAGCAGCCUCCGCAGCAGCAGCAGCCUCUGCCCCAGCAGCCACCACCACAGCAGCAGCCACCACCGCCGCAGUCCCAGCCCCAGCUCCAAGCUCAGAUGGCGCACUUGAAUGAGGAACAGAAGCGCAUGCUUCUCAUGAAGCAGAAAGGAGUGAUGAAUCAGCCUAUGGCCUAUGCCCCGCUUCCUUCUCACAGCCAGGAUCAGCACCCAGUUGGACUGUCCCGGACUACAGGCCCUAUCCAGCCCUCCGUGGCCCCAGGUUCAGGCAGCAUAGUUACAGGUGCCAACCCUGGGGGUCCCAGCUUCCUGGCCACCCAGCCCCAGGCAGCCAUCAUGAAGCAGAUGCUCAUUGACCAGAGGGCACAGUUAAUGGAGCAACAGAAGCAACAGUUUCUAAGAGAGCAAAGGCAGCAGCAGCAGCAGCAGCAGCAGAUUCUGGCUGAACAGCAGUUACAGCAAUCACAUUUACCCCGGCAGCAUCUCCAGCAGCGGACCCCGUAUCCGGUGCAGCAGGUCAAUCAGUUCCAAGGUUCUCCCCAGGAUAUAGCAGCUGCGAGAAACCAGGCAGCUCUCCAGAACAUGAGAGCUUCCAGGAUGAUGGCCCAGAGCGCAGGCAUGAUGGCGAUGGGACCUUCCCAGAACCCUGGGGCCAUGCCCUCUGCAGCAGCUCAGUCUGAGCUUGGAAUGGCUCCUUACAGCAACACCUCCACCAGCCAACCAGGAAUGUACAACAUGAGCGCAGGGAUGAGCCAGAUGCUACAGCAUCCGAACCAAAGUGGCAUGGGCAUGACCCACAGCCAGGCCCAAGGCCCGAGGCAGCCUGCAGCCGCUCAAGGGGUCAGCAUGGUGAGCGGGUUUAGCCAGAGCAUGCUGGUGAACUCAAGCAUCCCCCAACAGCAUCAGCAGAUGAAAGGGCCUGUGGGGCAAGCACUGCCCAGGCCCCAAGGCCCUCCAAGACUUCAGAGCAUCAUGGGAACUGUCCAGCAAGGAGCACAAAACUGGCAGCAGAGGAGCUUACAGGGUAUGCCUGGGAGGACUAGUGGAGAACUGGGUCCAUUCAACAAUGGUACCGCUUAUCCCAUGCAGGCUGGACAGCCUAGGCUGACCAAGCAACACUUUCCCCAGGGGAUGAGCCAGUCGGUCGUGGACAGCACCGGGACCGUCAGAGCUCUCAACCCAACAACCAUGGGUCGGCAGAUGAUGUCAUCCCUCUCCGGGCAGCAAGGGAGCAGUCAGACAAGGCAAAUGGUUAUGCCUGGCAUGAGCCAGGGGGUCCCUGGCAUGCCAGGAUUCAGCCAGCCUCCAACCCAGGCGUCGAUGCAAAGUGGCAACUUUGCCCCAAGCAGCCAGGGCCAGGCUUAUGACCGGAAUCCAUCCCAGGAUAUACCUUACAAUUACAGCAGUGAAGGAGCUGGGGGUGCUUUCCCCAGCCUAGCAGAGGGAGCUGACCUCGUGGACUCCAUCAUCAAAGGCGGGCCAGGGGACGAAUGGAUGCAAGAGCUUGAUGAGUUAUUCGGCAAUCCCUAGUCACAGAGGGGGGCCCUGAGAGCCAAAACUCCAGUGGUUAAUGUUUAAAAAAAAAAAAAAAGAAAGAAAAAAAAAAGGAAACAGGAUGUCAUCCCAUCCUUGUUUGUUUUUUUUUUUUUUUAAUCUGUGCAAAUUUGAGCUGAACUGUAGCAGACAGAUGGUGGAAGAUAAAGGUGGCGAUUUCUAGCCACAGUAGACCGCAUUUUGCAAAACUUCCACAUAGAACAAUCUCAACUCCAUGGGUGUGAGAGAGACAGACGGAGGGACAGGUUGGGAAGAGAAUCCAUACCGGCCUGUGGCCCCACAAGACGACCCCCCCCCCCGACUCCAGGGCCAUGUGGGACGAGUUGUCAGUGCCCAUGAGCGGAGAAGGACUGCUACCCAAAGCCAAGGAGUCCCCUGGUCUCUCCAGCCCCCAGUUUUCUCAGGCCACCAGAAAAGACAGAUCCUCAGGCCAUGGGGAGGAAGACCCUCCCACCAAAGCUGCUGAGUGAUUGCACAGGUCAGGCACUGGUGGAUCAGAAUUGUGCUGAACUCUGGGUGGAAACAAUUCCAGGUCUAAAGACAUGCUACUGUAUUGGGAGGAUGGGCGG